AAUAGCUCAGAUGUCAUGUUCAUUACUCUCUGUGCUGGCAGGUGCAGCGCUCUUCACUACGACUCAGAUCUUCCUGCAACAUCCAUCAUCAUCACCUUCCACAAUGAGGCCAGAUCCACGCUGCUGCGCACCAUCAAGAGUGUGUUGAAUCGGACACCAGUUCAUCUAAUCCAUGAGAUCAUCCUGGUGGACGACUUCAGCAACAACGAAAGCGACUGCCAGCUUCUCACCAAACUGCCUAAAGUCAAAUGUCUUCGUAACAACAAGAGAGAAGGCCUGAUCCGGUCCAGAGUGCGAGGGGCCGACGCUGCCAGGGCCAAAGUCCUGACCUUCCUGGACAGCCACUGUGAGGUCAACAAAGACUGGCUGCCCCCCCUGCUGCACAGGAUCAAACAGGAUCCAACUCGUGUGGUCAGCCCUGUCAUCGACAUCAUCAACAUGGACACCUUCGCCUAUGUGGCGGCCUCAGCGGACCUCCGUGGAGGGUUUGACUGGAGUCUCCAUUUUAAGUGGGAGCAGUUAACAGCGGAGCAGAAAGCACGCCGGACCGACCCGACCCAGCCGAUCAAGACGCCGAUCAUCGCAGGCGGGCUCUUUGUGAUUGACAGAUCCUGGUUCAAUCAUCUGGGGAAGUACGACACGGCCAUGGACAUCUGGGGCGGGGAAAACUUUGAGAUCUCGUUCCGGGUCUGGCAGUGUGGUGGCAGUCUGGAGAUCCUGCCCUGCAGCAGAGUGGGUCACGUCUUCAGGAAGAAACACCCGUACGUGUUCCCUGAAGGCAACGCCAACACCUACAUCAAGAACACACGGCGCACAGCCGAGGUGUGGAUGGACGACUUCAGUCUGUUUUACUACUCGGCCCGGCCGGCCGCGCGAGGGAAGUCCUAUGGAGACAUUCGAGGCAGAGUUGAACUUCGGAAGAAGCUCAAGUGCAAAUCCUUCAAGUGGUACUUGGACAAUGUGUACCCUGAGCUCAAGGUCCCAGACGAUUCGGACUCCCAGUCAGGUGUGAUCCGACAGCGGCAGAACUGCCUGGAGUCCCGGCGGGUCGAGGGCCAGGAGAUGCCCGUCCUCACACUGGGCCCCUGCGCAGCAGCAGAGGGGGGCCCCACCAGCAGUCAGGAGUGGGUGUACACUCACGGGCAGCAGAUCCGUCAGCAGCAGCACUGCCUGUCGCUGUCGACCACCUUCCCUGCAUCGCAGGUCCUCAUGCUGCCCUGCAACAUGGCGGACGGGAAGCAGCGAUGGCAGAAAUCAGGGACCCACCUGGAGCACAUCGUGUCUCGAUUCUGCCUGGACUCGGAGAUGGCUCUGGACGGCAUGGACUCGUCCCGCAUGCUGGUCAUCAGCCCCUGCGAACUGAGCGCCUACACACAGAGAUGGGAAGUUCCCUUCUCCUGACCUCGUGACCCUGGGCCUCCAGAAACCUGCUUUAUCACUCUGACUCUCCACCGGCGAGAGCUUUGGCCCAGCGCUCCACUUCCACUGACCGGAGCGGCGGGAGCGACGUCAGCACCGAGCCGAAGAUUACCGCACAGAAACAUGAUGAAGACGAAGGGCUGAAGCAACAGAGGAUCAGAAGGAUGCAUGGGUCAAAUUAAAGAGUUUGAAACUAAGUGCACCUUAAAACUGUCAAAGCUGGGCAGAAACUUUUCACAAUGAGGGAAAAAAAAUAACGUCUGGUUAUUAUUUACAACAAACACGUUUCUUCUUCAAGCUGUUUAAUCAUCAGAAAGAUGAAUAGUAAGCACAAGUCAUGUUUACCACAUAACUCAUCAUCAUUAACAGUGCAGAUGUGUUUCCUGUUGCAUUCAGCAGGAACGAUUAAGACCUCGUCAAAAUAAAAGCCAUUCAGGCCGGGGGAUAAGUAUUCCAACAUUUAAUCUAAGUUUGAGAUUUUUUACAUAAAGUAUUUUCAAAAGCAUUUUUCUGCAAAAACCUUAAACCCAAAACUAUAAAAAUUAGAACAAAUUAGCAUUUUAUUGUUGCUUCAUCACUUCCUGUUUUGCCAGCACUUUAAAAUAAACUGGCUUGUUUUUUGCCAUGUUUUCUAGAUUUUUUUGGUACAGAUCAAACAUUUCAGGUUAGCUGGAGAUUAUCUUGAAAAGAACACAAAGCUCUGAAGUAUUUCUGCAUCAUUGUGUAUUAAUGUCGGUUUGCAAGGUGCUGGCUUUUGAAGAAGUUCUCAUUAAAACAUCAGUCAAAAUACAUAUUUUCACUUAUCUAACCAAAUAAUAUUUUGUUUUACUGCCUGAAAGCUUUACAUGACCUAAUCUUCAUGAUGUUUCUUCAUUGUGUGCAACUUGUUUCAUUCUUCACAUUAUCAGCACAUCCUCUGCAGAGAUGUUUCCUCUCAUGUAGCGACAGAAUCCCAAACAAAGGCUACAUUUUAUUUCUAGUCAAAUUAACAGCAAACAGAUUAUUGCUGAUGAAAUUCAAACCUUCAAUCCUGGUGUCAUGUGAUGAUGAUUCCUGUUUUUGUUAUCCUGAGGAUCUAAACAGAUAAAGUUACUGCUGAUCUACAGGCUCCUCCACUUCCCUCACUUUUUUUCUCACUUCAUCUGCAGCUGCAUCAUCUUGAUAUCCUCACUGAUUCCUGAAUAAAGUUUUAUAAUUCCUCUUUC